AUGAGGCUGGUCCACCUGGAUCUCAAAGGAGCUGCCCCCAGGGUCUCCUACCUGGAGCAGGUGUUUCCCCUCCUGUCCCAGCUGGGAGCCAACGGCAUCCUUAUUGAGUACGAGGACAUGUUCCCCUUCAAGGGGGAGCUGGAAAUCCUCCGCUCCCCGUACGCCUACAGUGAGGAAGACAUCGAGCAGAUCCAGCAGCUGGCAGAGCUCCACAAGCUGGAGGUGGUUCCCCUGGUGCAGACCUUCGGGCACGUGGAGUUCAUCCUCAAGCACGAGAAGUACCAGCACCUGCGGGAGGUCGAGCGCUUCCCCAACAGCUUCAACCCCCAUGUCCCAGACACCCUGGUCCUGCUCAAGAGCAUCUUGUCACAGGUGAUGGAGAAGCACAAGCGCUCCACCUGGAUCCACAUCGGGGCAGACGAGGUUUUCCAUCUCGGGGAGGGGCUGGACUCCAAGAACUGGAUGAGCCGCAACAAGGGGGACACAGGGACUAUCUAUCUGAAGCAUGUCAAGGAGGUGCUGGGUUUCAUCUCCGCGCAGUACUGGGGGCUGCGGGUGCUCAUGUGGGACGACAUGCUGCGGAAAAUCAGCGUGGGAGCCCUGCGGGAGUCUGGGAUAGCAAAGCAUGUCUCACCUGUGGUGUGGUUCUAUGCACCUGACUUCGAGGCUGAGCAGAUUGGGCCGUUCCUCACCAAGUAUGCAGAGAGUGGCUUCAGGGCAGUCUGGUUUGCCAGUGCCUUCAAGGGCACCACAGGACCAGCACAGACCUGGCCCCCUCUCAGCUACCACCUGAAGAACCACCUGAGCUGGCUGAAGGUGAUGGAGGCCCUGCCACGGCUGGCCCCGCUGCACUUCCAGGGCAUCGUCCUCACUGGCUGGCAGAGGUACGAUCACUACUCAGUGCUCUGUGAGCUGCUGCCCGUCGGCAUCCCCUCCCUGGCCCUCUGCCUCCAGACCCUGGUGAACGGGGCCUUCACAGAAGAGAUGAAGAGGAAGGUUCUGGACACACUGGGGUUCCAGAGUGUGCAGCUGGAGCAGAGCACAUGUGAGGGCAGGGGGGCAUUCCCUGGUGCAGAGAUCUACCACAUGGUUGAGCAAGUUAAUGGCCACCUGAAGGAGAGCAUCCUCAAAGUCCUGGAGGAGGAAAGUGCCAUCAAGGGGUGGUUCAGCCCCUAUCACCGGAAGCAUCAGUUUGGCAACCCCCGAAACAUGGAGAGUUUUGGCAGCAAGGUGCUGAAGCUUCAUGAGGACUGGGAGAGCUUUGUCCAUGACCUGCGCACCCACCUGGAAAGGGUCUACUUCCCUGACACAGUGGAGGAGUGGAUGGAGGAGAAUGUCAACCCCUACCUGGACCAGCUGCGGGACCUGGUGCGGGACUACAGGGCCAUCAUCCGCCUCAAGGCCAGGCCCAAAGUGACCUAG